CCAAUUUGACACCUAGCCUGGGAACUUACAUAUGCUGCAGGUGCCGCCCUGAAAGACAGAGGGCAAAAAAAAAAGCUAUCUCAGGGGCAGCAUGGACAGCACCUGGUGAUGCCAUCUAAGCAGAAUCAUGUGUGAGAAGGGCUCAGGGCAGCUUAUACUGGGUUUUCCAUCCCCAGGAGGCCUCCUUGUGGACCUAGAGACCCCAGCGGAGACUCAGGCUUGGAGCCAAGGCAGACCCAUCAAAUCCUCGAAGCAGUACCUGCGCCAGGUCAUUGCAGAAUAUGAGGCGCUGGACCGAGAGCUCCCGUGCAUCCGCAAGUUUCCCAUGCCGCCUGCCUCGCAGCCCCUCUGUCUGUGCAUGGAGACCUCACCGGAAGAGGACCUUACCCACCUGGAGGUGCUGGAGGCGCUGGAGGCCGAGUUACCCGGAGCCAUGGAGAGCGGGCGUGUGAGCAGCAUCCGCUUUGAGAACAUGAACGUCAUCUGCGGGACGGCUGGGCGCCGGGACCGGUGGCUCAUCAUGGUCACGGACUUCCAGACUCGCUCGCGCCUGCUGCGCUCGGGACUCCACCUGCGCGGGCUCACUCGCCCUCUCGUGCGCCAUGACGAACUGCUGAUGGGCGAUUACCGCCUGCACCUGCGCCGCUCCCUCGUCCGACGGCGCAUGCUCGAGGCUCUGGGGGCGGUGCCGACGGAGGAAGACUGACGCUUGGGGGCGGACCCCGGCUGCGCUUGCGCACCGCCCUUCAGAUGCGGGCUAGUAGCCCGGAACCCGAGAGGAAAGGGGUGUUGCCUCCCCAGGAAGGAGGCGGGGUCGGCUCGAGGGGGUGGAUACUGUGAGUUUAAUUAUAAAGAAUGACCUGGUACAAAA